GCACCCCACCCCCCCCUUCAAGCAGACGACAUCAUCUGUGGCACAAGUAAAGGGAACCUCCUCCCUCGACCUGAAAAGUGUUCAUUGUUAAGUUUUCUCUUGUAUAUCCCAGCCAAAAUGAAGUCUAUUGGUAAUUUAGUAUUCCUAGGCCUUGUAGGUCUAUGUUUAGGUGUUGGUGGUACAGAUGGCACAGAAACUGACGCGAAAGCCAACAGCUCGGGCACGGAAUCUGUCCAGGUGCUAUUUGUUGGCUAUCCCAUGAGGUUGUCGUGUAAUCUGACCAACCAGGUGAAUACUUCAAUUGAACUUGAAUGGUAUAAGGAUGACGAGAAGCUUGAAAGUGGUGACCAUAUAAAGAUCUUCCAAGAAAACUCAUCACUGUUAAUUAACUCACCAGUUCGGGAAGAUGUUGGGAUUUAUAAAUGUGAGACAGAUUCUGGAAUUCCUCUUGACAAGCCAUUCUUCAAGACAAUCCAAGUCAUACAUUUUGAAAUCAGGAGGAUGGAUAAGUCUAUGAAUGUAGACAUGGAGAAAGACAUUGUCUUAAUAUGCCCUGUGGAGGGUAAGCCAUACCCCAAUAUUACAUGGAAAAAAGAUGAUAGGCCAGUCACUGAGCUCAUCAACCAAACAAGAAUUACUUAUGAACCUAAUGAACAUGAUGUCCCAAAUUCCAAGAUUAUCAUCGCCAGUGCUGGAUGGGCUGACCGUGGCAAUUAUACUUGUGUCAUUGAUUCUCUGUCAAAGACAUUUGAAAGAUUUACCUUUAUUAGAGUUAAAGAUGUGUAUGCUGCUCUUUGGCCAUUCAUUGGCAUUGUGAUAGAAGUCCUGCUACUUGGCAUUAUCAUCUUCAUCUUUGAGAAGCGACGAGUCAAGGCUGAAUUUGAAGAAUCAGACACUGACCAGGGGAAUGAUCAGAAAAACACAGCUGAACACAACAAGGAUCUUGUGCGACAACGAAAAUAAUGACAAAUUGAGGGAAGAGUGUGUCCGUUUCUGCCUGAAUAUCCUGAGCUCGCCAUGUUCCUCAUACGUAGCAGAUACAGCUUAUGCCUGUAUCUGAUCAAUGAUGAAGUCUGCGUUUGAAAUAGAUCUAGUUCAACAAUCAAAGUACAGCACCUUUGCUGUUUGAUUAGAAGAAACCUUUGCACUACAUUGAGUGUGGAUACCUGCUCAAUGGUACUGUCAUAAACCAUGUCAAGGGCUGUUACCUCUUACUAGAUUGGGUUUUACUCAGACGCAGAUGUUUCUGGAAUGCCAGUUAUGAAUUUGAAUUUUCAUUGAACUUUUUUAAAAUGUAUAUAACAAAAUCCCCUGCAUCUGAUUAAAAUUUCCAGGCAUGAGAUAGCAAGGGUUAUAUAUGAGUUUACAUAUGAAAGUUUGUAAGAGGAGAGUAAAACAUGUCACAUUUGGUGGAGAACUGGAGUAAUUGGUUUGGUUCUUAGAUUUAACCUUGCAGUCAAGCAAAGAUGUAUUAUUUGACUAUGGUUGUUCACUUUUAGUAUGUGAUAACAUAGAGAGGAUGUUUGUUAGUUUUCACAGUUGAGUAAAAUUUAUAUUAUGAGUGAAAGUUGGUUGUGCAUUUGAAUGAUGGGUUGCUGUAAUAGAUUUAGAUAGUAAAGAAGUUUAGAAGAGAAUGAAAGAAGAAACAUAGAAAUAUAAAUUAAAGUCAGGUGUUUUUAUGUAAGAAAUUUUAUUAGAUAAACCUAAAAUGGUGAGAGAGCAGAAUCUUAAAUAUUUGGUGAUCAAUUAGUUUGAAGAUCAGUUGCAGAAUUAGACAUAUUUAUAUAGAUAAUUUAAUACUGUUGGUGCCUGAAGGAAAUAAAAAAAGGAAAAGAAGUUCGUAAGUAAAGGACAAACGAUUAGUAUUACAGUAUAACUGACUUUCUGUGCAGUAAUAAGUCUGAGUUGAAGGUAGUUGCAAUUGAUGGUGAAAACUUUAAAUGGGUUGGAGUAUGUUUAGGUUUACCUCAGAGCUCAACCCUCAGUUUGUUUCACUUUCAUAUCUUAAGUGAGCAGUUAAACAACUUAUCCUUCACUUUAUGUACUAUUGACACCUGCUUGUAGCAAUCUGUGUCAAGUGAAGAGAAUAUGAUGAUCAUAAAGAUCAUCUAAAUGCUCUCUACUCACAGGCCUUAGAGAACAGCAUAUUCUAUGAAGCUAAGUUUGUAAUGUUGUGGUAUGGAUACAACAUCACCAGGCUUCAUGCAAAUCCCCUGAUAGUAGCACCAUCAUUCAGUAGGUUUAGGAAUUACUGUAACUUUGUCAACAUAUUGAAGAAGUAGUGAGCUAGGUCUUCCCAAAAGGUAAAGAAAUAAUACUUACAAACAGUUGAAGUGAACCCAGUUUUAGAUACAGCUGUUCUUUCAGGUUUUCAGUAAGCACAACAUCCUUAUAACACCUAGAUGAUUAUAAGAGAAUUUUCACAAUAAAUGUGAGGCCUACCAUGGCCAGAUCAUCCACAUUGUUGAUUUUAUCUCCAUGUUCUCAACCAUCAGAGCUUGAACUAUGGUGUGAGAGGUAUGCCAUCCUUGUAUGACUUGAUAGCACUCAGCAGUUACCGAGUAUGUCCCUAACCUAGACUUUGUGGUCAACCACAAUUUAUGGACUUGACUUUGAAUCACCCUCCUCUCCAUAUUAAAUACUGCUUUCCCAUCUGGUUCAAGAGGAAUUACCAGGACAGGCUCAUAUUGUAUGGGCUGCAGCCAUUCAGCUUGCAACCAGUCAAAAUAUGACAGCCUUCUUUACUCACAACCAUGCCUUUCUGGGGAGGGUUCUUGAUGAUCUUUUAAUGUUUUACAAGGUCUAACUUCCUGGUAGACCAGGUCCAGCAGCUUACCUAGGCUUAAACUGUACUUAAGGGCAGGAUGCAUCUCUCCCUCAGGAGUGCCCAAAAACUGCAAGGUCAUACUGUACAUAUUGCAGUAUGACUUAGCAAUAGGUGGAAUAUAAUUUAAGGUCAGUUUAUUAAUUACCAGUCAGGAUUCUUACUAUUUAAGUGGAAGAAUCAAAGGAUAAUUUAAGAGGUUGGGGACUAAACAUGGAACAAACAAUGGUAAAUUUGAGUGAUGUAGUAAAUACAGACACUGUCCUGUAUAUUAACCAGAUAACCAGAGUUAGGAUAGUAAUUUGUUAUAUCAGUCAUUUGGCUGGUACUUUAGCUCAUUGAUAAUGACAACCCUAAAGAUACAAAUGAGAUUUUUUGUAAAGGAUAGGGUAGCGGGUUGGCUGUAAAGUUUUGGAGAUUAGACACAACACACAAUGGUAAGGAAUGAUAUCGUGCCAAGAUAGGAUUAAUUCCUAACGUGCCUGCUUUGUUCCACAUGGUGAGAAACUAAGAAAGUUAAUAAAACUAAUUCAUGAAAAUAAUAUAUAAUGCUGAGGUUGUAAUAAAGAGUUUAUUUUACCCUUUCUUUCUUCUUUCUUCUUAAUUCUUUAUUUAUGUCUAUUUACGCACUUAGUUUUACUCUUUCUCUAUAUACUCGUGAGAUUGAGGAGGGAGGAGCAGCAGCAAGGGAGGCGGGAGCUGAAGGCUGGUUUGUGGUUAGGUCGGCCUCACACCCAAGGGGAGAGGGAGAAUAAGGGUAACAUGCGGUAACUGGGAUGCUAGGGGAAACAGUUAAUGGGUGCGUUGUUACUCAGGACUCGCUGUAUACCACCAAGACACUUAUAAUAAAUAAACUUUUCUCAAUACGGGGUGGGAUGAAUUAUGACACUAAAGGUUACAGUAUUUAUUGAACACUUUCUAUAAAGAUUGACGAUUAUACUUCAAACCACUGACCCUAUUUUCCUGGCUAGUUAAACAGGACUCGCAUAAGUCACAAUAUAUUUCGUGAAACGAAUAAAACCUUGAGGGUAAGAUAUAUAUAUACUGCUAUGCUGAAGACCUGCUGACCCACAUACGUCUGCACUUCACCAACUCUAACCAGACUUUGUCUUUGAAAAUCGAGCUGGGCACACAUUCUAGAUUCCAGCCAAUCAACAGUUAGGCCUGUGACAUCACAAUCACAGGUCACUGUGAUUGGCUCAUGCCUCAGGCUUCUCAGGCACUCCUGGUUUUAUUGGGAACACUGUUGUGUAGGCGUUAUGGCGGAUAAAAUUUGUCUAAGCUGAAUAUUCAAACGUAUUUUCUCUAAAACAUGACACAAUUUACCAAAAGAAAAAACAUGGCAUUGUUACAAGGUAGUACAAGCAAUUAACACUUUUGUUUUAUACAGUGGGUUAUGAGAGGGAGAGGUAAGGGAGCAAGUAUAAUAUUUUCUCCCUUAUAUAAAGGUAGUAUGCAUAGGAAGGGAGUGAAAAGGAGUACAGUUUAUGUAUGACAGAGUAUGUAUGUGAGAGGGUGAGGAGUGACGCAUGGUGUGGUCUGUAGAUCCUGCAUGAGCCUUCCUCCUACAAAUAAAGAAAAUACUUAUUUGGAUAUAUGUAAACAUAAUGCUGUCAUAUGUACAGAAUUGUUAGCUUUGACCCCUUCAUAAAGGCCUGUACCUCAAACUCAUUAAGUUUAUAUUAAAUUUUUUUCUCAUUAAAUCCUUUGUUCACAAAUUAAAACAACAAUUUUCACCCCAUCAGUGAAUCCAUCAUUGCUGCUUUAUGCAGUCAGCAGCAGCAUAUUAUUAUUUUUUUUUGAUGUUCUUAGUAAGCAAAUUAUGAUUAUGGUUUCAAAAAAUCUAAUGGGGUGAUAAUUGUAUCAUUAUUUAAGAAAUAAUUUUAGAAUCUAAUAAUCAAUCCUGAGGUAUUUGUCUGAUUCUCAAAGACUAUAAAAGCAUUAUGCCACAAUUUUGUUGACAGCCAACAAAUAAUGGUGGUAUUAUUAAAAAUAAGUUGUUUAUUGCAUAUAUUGUUAAAUGUUGAGGUUUUGUGCUGCAAAUAUGUACCUACUUGUAGUGUAGUAUAUAAAUUUUAUAGCCAUGGUGUUUAAAGGAAAUUUUUGUUUACAGUUCCAGCAAUAUAAUUUGGUUAUGAACAAUGUAUAAGAUCUCAUGAUUUUUUUCUAGAUUAUUCUAAAAACUUGGAGAAAUUGGUCACAAAAAAAUAUUAUUUACAAUUCACAAGUUUAUAAGAAAGUACUGCACUUAAGUUUCCUUGCACCAUGUUGCUGUGCUUAACUUAAUUAAUAAAUAUUUCAUAAACAAAUUUA